GCUUCGAAAUCUAUCAAUCACCGACAAGUCAAGUUAGUGGCAAGAACCAUCGAGAUGUGGCGUUUACAUUUGUUUCUACUCCUGUCCACCUGUUUUCUGGUGCCCCACGAUGCCAAGCCCACAAAGCGAUCCACGGUAGAAUUUUCCUCGACCACAUUGGCCUCACUGCUCCUGGAAACGGAUAAUACCAGCACUGGCACUACGGAUCAGCCCACAUCGACCGAGAGUUCCUCUGUGAGGACUCCACGAGUCACCAAUAUCGGACGUCUGGCUUCCAAGGAUCUGGCUGAUUUGCUUUUGGCUAGCAUGCAGGCACGUGGCGCCAAGUUGACCUCCUUCCAGGAGUCCACGAUGAAAUCGCUGCGCACUGAGGAGACCAAGGAUACGAAAGGCAACAAUGUGUUCCUGCAGGUGGGCAUGGAUGUGAUAAUCGACAUUUUGAUCGGAGCUCGGGAUAAUGCCACCUGUGGAAGGAUCAUCGAGGAUAUUGAUCAGUCGCAGGAUAGGAAUAGCCUGACCUUGACCCUCAAGUCCUUCUUGGCCCUUUGCUUCUUCAAUGGCAUCGAGUGCGCAAAGGAUGAGGUGGCCCAGGUGAUUAAGAGCACCCACUCGCGUCAGCGCCAACAGGCCAAGGUCGUUCUGGAUGACGACCAUCAUCAGCAGGCUGAGGGUUCGGGUCUUCGCACCGCCCGUCGUGUGGGUGUGGCCAAGGACGAUCGCAACUCGGUGCUGAAGUUCCUGCAGGCCCGAAAUAUCAACGAACUGAGCGCUAUCCUUAAUACUCUUCUGCAAGUGUGCGGAGCUUCGGGCGGCGAGGCCCACAAGAUCAUCAGGAAUUUGCGAGAGAUGGGUCCCGACAGCGUCAGUUUGCUGCAGGUGAAUUCUUUUAGCAUGCUAUCCGUAUCGCUGCUCGACAGUUUGUCCGCCAUUGCUGAGGGUAAGACGAGCGGCUUGUGCUCCGCCGGCCCCGAAAGUUGGAUCGUCCGCCUGCUGGCAAUGGGCGUUGACAAAGUGGUACUGAUGGGUCUGAUGACCGCCCUCGAUCGCACCAUUGCGAGCUCGACCUCCACAUCCGCCGAAAUCUCCAAUGCCGCAGCCCUGAACACCCUGAAUGGAGGUGACCCCACAGAUACCAAAUCUCAAGUUCUUCAAAAGUCCGCGGCCACCGCAAAGCGAGCUAUUUUGGAUUCGGGCGCUGGUAACGAUUUCAAUUUGGCGCCAUCAGUCGAGGAAAUCGGUUCUUUGAACUCAGUUAAUGAUCUAAUCAAUGCCAAUGUUCCCGUCGGAGCUAAUCUUCCAAUUUUAAGUAGUGUUGAUGGUGGUGCUAACAACGUUCUUAAUCAGGGAUCCGAUGUUAUUGUCCAAGGACAAGGAAACACUUUCAACCGUUUAGUGGGUGCACGAAUUCCCGUUUUAGCGAGUGCUCCGAUAUUGUCUAAUGUUAACGGUGGAAGUUCAUCGUCCAGCUCUUCGGGAACUCCAUCAAGUUCUUCUUCUUCCUCGAGUCCAUCUACCAGUUCAGGAUCUUCCGGCUCGACAAGUUCCGGAUCUUUGAGAAGUUUAUCGGGCGGGGGUAACAAUUUCAACUUGGCUCCCACUGUUGAUGAAUCUGGCACUGGAAACACUGUUAAUGACCUUAUCAACGCCAAUGUGCCCGUCGGAGCUUUUGCCCCUAUUCUAAGUAAUGUUGAUGGAAAUGGUUUAACCGGAAACGUUCUAAAUCAGGGAUCUGAUAUAUUGAUCAAAGGACAAGGAAACACUUUCAACCGUUUAGUGGGUGCACGAAUUCCCGUUUUAGCGAGUGCUCCGAUAUUGUCUAAUGUUAACAGUGGAAGUUCGUCGUCUAGCUCUUCGGGAACUCCAUCCAGUUCUUCGUCUUCCUCGAGUCCAUCUAGCAGUUCGGGAUCUUCUGGUUCACCCAGUUCGGGAUCUUCCGGUUCUACAAGUUCGGGAUCUUUGAGAAGUUUAUCGGGUAACAAUUUCAAUUUGGCUCCUACUGUUGAUGAAUCUGGCACUGGAAACACUGUUAAUGAUCUUAUCAACGCCAAUGUGCCCGUCGGAGCUUUUGCCCCUAUUCUAAGUAAUGUUAAUGGAACUGGUUUAGCCGGAAACGUUCUUAAUCAGGGAUCUGAUGUUGUUAUUAGAGGACAAGGAAACACUUUCAAUCGCUUAGUGGGUGCACGAAUUCCAGUUUUAGCAAGUGCUCCGAUACUGUCCAAUAUUAACGGUGGAAGUUCAUCGUCUAGUUCUUCGGGAACCCCGUCUAGUUCUUCUUCUUCCUCAAGUCCAUCAACCAGUUCGGGAUCUUCCGGCUCUACAAGUCCGGGAUCUUCUGGUUCUUCUGGUAGCUCAACUAGCUCUUCUUCUGGCACUCCUAGUUCUUCCAGCUCAUCAGUACUUGGAAACAAUGUGAAUGUUAGGGGCGAUACCAUUACUGGCAAUCAGAAUUUCCUUUUCAAGCUUCUUGAUCUUGGACUCCCAAUUUCUCUCGCCGCUCCGGUGCUCAGUAUCAUCAAUCAGGGUUCGGGUUCUACAACUCCUUUGAGUGGAUCUUCGAGUGGCUCUUCAAGUGGUUCAUCGGGUAGUUCUCCAAGUGGUUCUUCAAGUGGUACUUCUGGUAGUUCCUCCAACGGUUCUACAGGAUCCUCAGUGGGAAAUAAUGCAAACAUCGAUCCCAGUGUUGAUGUUGUUGGUAAUGAUAACCAAAUUACCAAAGCUGUUGAUGCCAAUGUUGAUGUACUAGCUAAUGUCCCUGUUCUGAGCAAAAUUACUGGAACCGGUUUUGCAAAUAAUCUCAACCAAAAACCCAACAUACUGAUUAGAGGUGAUCGGAAUAAGGUUACCAAGCUUGUAGAUGCCAAUGUUCCCGUUUUGGCGGCUGUUUCAGCGCUGAGCGAUAUCACCGGUGGACCGUCCAGUGGUGGAACCUCAAGUGGUGGAUCCUCUGGUACUGGCUCCUCCUCUUCGGGAGCAUUGGGUGCAUUAGGUGGUCUCACAGGAAGCUCAGGAUCGGGAUCGUCUUCGGGUGGCCUUCUUGGCGGAUCGGGAUCGUCUUCGAGUGGCCUUCUUGGCGGUGUUCUUGGAACCGUCGGUGGUGUCGUUGGCGGUGUAGUAGAACCCGUUCUUGGUGGUGUCGUUGGCGGUGUAGUUGGACCCGUUCUUGGUAAUGUCGUCGGCGGUGUAGUGCAACCCGUUCUUGGCGGUGUCGUCGGAGGUGUAGUGGAACCCGUUCUUGGCGGUGUCGUCGGAGGUGUUCUUCCGGCAGUGGAACCCGUUCUUGGAGGUGUUCUGGGCACCGUUGGUGGCCUCCUGGGCGGUGCUACUGGCAGUUCCUCCAGCUCAUCCGGCUCCUCCAGCCCCCUUGGCGGUCUCACCAACAUUUUGGCCACUUCCUCUGGCUCCUCCUCCUCUUCAAACGGUUCCUCCUCCGUGAUUGGAAACAGUGCCAAUAGCGGCGCCGAUACAGUGAUCGUUGGCAAUAAUAACAAUUUCGUCCGAUUGGUGGAUGUCAAUGGAUUGGUUCUAGCCGACAUCCCCAUUUUGAGCAGUAUUACCAAUCUUUUGGGCGCGACAGGACUAAUCGGCAACUCAGCGAAUAAGGGUCCCAAGACUGUGGUUAUCGGUAACAACAAUCGUAUAGUGAAGCUGAUUAAUGUCGAUCUUUGGGUGUUGGCCUUCCUCGAUGUUCUGAAUAUAGUCCGUGGAAGUGGAGGCGUUUGCAACCAGCUGAACACUGGACCUAGUACGGAGAUUAUUGGCAAUGACAACGAUGUGGUUCAGUUAGUGGAUGUGGAUUUGAGUGUGUUGCUAGUGGUGGAUUUGUUGAGCCACUUGAUCACCACUGUGGCCAAUGACUGCGGGACCACCACCACCACCACCACAACUACCACUACAGAAACACCCACGGUUCAACCUCCUACAGCUCAGCCAACCACUGCUCAGCCACCCACACCUCAACCACCCACUCAGGCUCCCACAGAUCAACCGCCCACCUAUGGGCCACCCACCAACGAACCACCCACCAAUCAGCCCCCCACCAACCAGCCUCCUACCAAUCCACCACCCACAAAUCAACCUCCCACCAAUGAACCACCCACCAACAGACCCACAAAUCAGCCUCCCACCAAUGCACCACCCACCAACAGACCCACAAAUGAGCCACCCACCAAUAGGCCACCCACCGAUCAGCCACCCACCAACCGCCCACCGUCGCCCAGUCCCAACAACUGCUAUCGCAGAUAUUGCCGCAAGUGGCGCACUCGUCCCAGCUAUUUGUGCUACAAGAACUGCGGUGGUGCCUACGUCUACAAGCCCUAAGUCGGUGACCUUGCACCAACACCACCCCCACCAACACAGCCACCGGAAGCAAGAGAACCACCGGAAGGAAGGCAACCACCGGAACCACCGGCUGUACAGCUACUCAAUUUUGUUAUGCGUGGCACUGCCAGCCUCACUGCCCCUGGGCAUUUAUUUAUUUUUUAUACUUUCUAAGAAAAAGUUGUUUAAUUUAUUUGAAAUAUAUAGAAAUUGAAUCCAUA